ACUUCCGGCUUCCGGUCUCGCCUCAGAGCGGGGUUUGUGGGUGGCUUUUUCCCGGGCCGGGGCGGAGGGGAUGGGACACGGGGCAGGGGGCACGGCCGCCUCGGGCACCUUCCGCCGGUCUCUCUCGUGUGGACCUGAGGCCACUUCCACCACCUGCCUGUUCCCUUGCCCGGGUAAAUUGAGCUUCACUGUUUUCCUUCAGCGCCGUCUCCUGGGGCCGGGAGGCGGAGACUGGGACUGGUGGCACGGAGGGGCCCCUCGGUGAGAACGGCAGCGCCUCGGGACUGUUUGAGGCGAUGAGCCCACUAGAGGGCAUCGGACACUGAUGGAAAUCAGGGUGAUGCUCUGCACCCAUGAACACUGUGAGAAGACUUCUUUCUGCCUCUGUAAUUUCUGUCCAGAACUCCUGCUUCAUCUAUCCUGCCUGUCAGAAAUGCUUUUCUAGGGUGAUACUGGAUUCUAGGAGGUUCAACUGUCUAAAAUGUGGCUGCACAGGUGAAGCUAAAGCUGCCAGCUACAGAUAUAGAUUGUCCCUAAGGAUUGCUGACACCAAUGAUUUGUUUGACAUUACUGUAUUUGGAAGUUGCUUAGAUCCAUUCUUUGGUGUCACUGCAGAAAACCUGCAGAGGUAUAUUCAAGACUUCAAUCAGCUGUCAGGAGAAACAAACACAGAUGCAUCUCCAGAAUUAUUAGUUCAAGCAGUGGAAACCUGUUUCGUUGGAAAAAGAUUUAUUUUUGGAGUGAAGGGUUGUGCAAGUGAAGAUAGAGGGCAUUCUGCUGCCAGCAGCAUCUUACAAAACCGUUCCAGAAUUAAUAGAAGUACAAAGAAAUUUACAGCUUGCCAGAUCUUCCUGCCAAACACUGCUGUUACUGGCUUUACAGUUAUCAGCUACUUCCAUCGGCUCCUGCAGUCAGCAAAAUUCAGGAGCUGUAAUAGCAGCUCAAACUUACCUGAUGCAUCUUCAGCUCCAAUAGAUGAACCUGUCAGUGAGCUCAGCAGCUUGUCCAGCCUGAGCAGGAACUCCUGUUUUCUUCAGUCUAGUGGCAGAGAAAGUUUUUUAGGGUCCUGGCAGCAGUCCUUCAGCCUGACUUCAUCUGUUGCUUGGGUAACAGCAGAAGACUUUCCCACUCUGGAAGUGGGAAAGCUGGAGAGUGAACAGCAUGAAGAAGAGGGGAAGCCUGUCUCUGCAGAAUCAUGCAGUGUAAUUCUCAACAAUCAAACUCUUCAGGAUUCACAGUUUUGCAGCUCUCCUGUGAAGGAAGGGGAUAAAGAGGAGGCUAAUGAAUUGAGUUCACAGCGCAGUCAGACUAACAGUAUUUCUGCAACUGAUAGAUUAGAGAGAGUAUCCCCUUCAGAGUCUGAAUGUUCUCAUGGAAACAGUUCCAGGCUGUUACAACAUCCCCUGGAAUUACAGGUAAAAAACAUUUACCCAAAGACUAAUAGAAAUUAUUCUUACCUAGAAAAAUCCCAGAACUAUUUUUAUAAGAGGGAUGUUUCAGCUUCUCAUCAUGUAAAGGGAGCUGUAGUGUCUCAGAUGGACUCUGUGCUUUGGGAUGAGCUCCUGCUCUCAGAAAGCCUAAAUGAGAUUUUAGCCAGAACAGAAGAUUGCAAGAGUAUUGUAACAUCACCCAGCCCUGAUGUAGGCAAACAUACCCUGCUUGAAAGUACCAAGUUUGGUGUAAAUCUUAACAAAUCAUAUUCCAGUCAAACUCUAAUAGCUGAUGAUUUGCCUGAAGUGAGUGUCUCAGGGAAGUUCUUGCCACCAGCAGAGAGUGAUAGCUGGGAGAGCAUAUUGUUUGCUUGCCUUCACUCAAAUUUAAAUCCUCCAAGCAAGGAAAUCUCUCAGUGGGAGUCUUCUGACAAGGUCUGUGGAGCAUCUUGCUUCAUACCUGGUCCUCAUCUACCUAUUCUGUCACAGUCCUUGCCAGUUACAUCAGAGCCUUCCAUUUCUGAGAGAAGGGAUAUGCAGACCAAAGAAGCAAAUGCUGCCAUUUCAAAGUCAGCUUUGUCUUUUAGCAGCCUGCAGCAUCCUGCUGAAUGUGGCAAAACCUCCUGUUUAAAAAGGAACAAGGCAGCUACCUGUGUGCAUUCUGCACAUGGUAGCUUUUUAGCUGGUUGUGAAAAUAAAGAAAAUUAUUAUUCUACACCAAACCAAAGAACAAAUGUUACAUUGACAGAGGCAUGGGACUCUGGUCCAGCAACUCCCAACAAUACAAGGAUAUAUAAAGGAGAAUUAAAACCAUUGGCAGAAGUGUCAGAAAAUACCUUCAAAAGUGUUAACAGGGGAGAGAUGCUGUGGAAAAACAGCUUCCCUGAAGGCAGCUACAAUGCUUCUGCUGAUCUCUUUGGUGCAAGUGCAAGGGAGGCAGCAAAACCUGUAGAAUUCUGUAAUAGAUCAUGUAAUUCUUUAAUCCAGGAAGAUGACAUGACAGAAAAGCUCACAGCUCCUGAAUUGGUGCUUUGUCCAGGAGAUGUUUCCCAUAACAGUUCAAACCCAAGGUCAUCCCUGCACAGGUUCACUCUGGCUUUUAGUAAGCACAGCACACCAGUAAUUUGUGAUUUGGAAUGCAGUUCAGUUGAUGCUCAAGACUUUGUUCCUUAUUCCCAGUCAACUCCUAUGACAAAACCUCUGGAGACACUGUGGCCUGGUGGGGAAAGAAGCUCUUUUGACACUUACUUCACCCCUAAAAAUCCCAUGAAAAUCCAUUCCAAACGCAAGCGGUGCAGGUCUGGCUUUCAGAACACUCUGUUGCAGCAGCUUACUGGCAGGUUAGUGGAACCUGGAAAGUCAAGUAACAGGGAAGACAAAGGAAGUAAUAGCUCUGUUUCACUGCAGUCCCUUAAUAGCCAACUGCCUGCUAACUCUGAGGAGUGGAUCCCUCCAUCUGCAAGCAAAAGGAUGAAACCAACUCCAACUUUAAACUUAAGAACAGUCAGCUGGACCAGUGACCUGCUAUUGACCUGUGGGCACACUGGCAGGAACCCUAAUUCUGAAAGCAAAGAGAAGAGUGAGAAUGACACAGGUUUCAGUAGUGAGAGAUUAAGCCCUGGGGAUACAGCCAGGAUUCUAACAACUCCUGUAUCUGCAGGUGCCACCAAGGCCUUAUUUUUAAAUGAUACAGUCCUGAAAACAUGUUCCCCUUCAGAAGGCAAGAAUUUCCUCUCAAGUGCAAAUUCUUCAGGAAGUAUUUUGGAAGGGGGAAUUGGCUGGUCUCCAGAGUUGUUCUUCCGAACACAGACUUCUUUUUCCAACAAGCCAAAAUACUAAAAGAAAAAUAUUCUGUGCUGUGUUGUUUUUAAUAAUUUUUCAGACUUUUGGGAAUGACCCAGGAAAAAAAGGAGCUAUUUAACUAUUAAAUUGUUUACAUGCCUAUUGGGAUAUGU